AUGUUAUCAUUAAUUUAGGGAGAUAUUCUCUAAAAUUAAGCAGAAGCAAUAGCUUUACCCUCUGGAUUAAACUUACAGUGUGCUCCAGGUUUGAGAUAAAAUGCAUAUCAUUUCUUUGGCUAAUAUAAUAUUUAAAAUCCAUGCGAUGAAUAUUUAUAAAAAUAAAAACCUGGAUCAAUUUAAUUUACACAAGCUAUUGCAUUACCAAUUAAUCAUAAUAUAUUCAAAUAUAUCAUUCAUUGUAUUGUACCAUACUAUGAUCAUAAGAAUGAAAAAUAGUCUUUUAUGUAGUUAGUCAAACUUUUCGAAAAUAUGUAUAAAAUCUAUUAAAAAUUAGUUUCAAUUAAAUCUAUAUUAAUAAAAUAAAAUCUAUUUUAAUUCCAUUGCUUGGAUGUGGUGCUUCUGAUUAUCCUCCAGAUGAGGCAUUAAAUGCUUUUAAAAAGGUUUUUGUAAAUUAAAAAGAAAAAUUUAAGGAUGUACAAUUUAAAUUAGUUUGUUUUACAAAGGAUGAUUAUGCUUUUGUUUCAGAUUUUUUAUUAGAUUUGAUUAUCUUAAAAAGUGAAAUUUUUUAAUAGAAAAAAAAUGAUUUAAUAUUAAUCAAACCAGAUGAAUAAUAAUAAUAAUAAUAAUAAUAAUAAUAAUAAUAAUAAUAAUAAUAAUAAUAAUAAUAAUAAUAAUAAUAAUAAUAAUAAUAAUAAUAAUAAUAGAGUCUUAAAUCAAAUUAAGAAUAGAAAAUUUAAAUGAAAUUUGAAGAAUUUAAUGAUGAGGCUGAUGUAAGAAAUUUAAAAAGUUUAUAUGAUGUUAAUGAAUUUUAAAAUAAAUCUUUAUAAUCCAAUACAGAACAGAUAGAAAAAUAAAUAUAAAAUGAUUAAAACAAAAGUUUUAACAAUUCGAUGUUGAAUUUCGAAUAGGAGAGUGAAAUUGCUUAACUUAGGAGGAAUUAUGAUAAUAAAAAAGCUUAAUAAUAAUACUAAUACUAAUAAUAAUCAUUAUAAUAUUAAUAAUAAUAAAGGGAAGGUUAAUAAUGUUCAACCAAUAACAAUAAAAGAGAUUCCUUUUAAUAAAACUAAUUUGAAAAUAAUAUUCCAUAUGAAGAAACUUAUAAACAACCUUUGAAAAAACCAUAUUAUUCAAAACCAGCUAAUUAAAACUAUUUUUGUUUAUAUGUUGAGAAUGCAGAUUAUUCCUUAAAUAGAAUAAGGAACAGAAUGGAUUUAAUCAACUUCAUGUUAACAGUUUGUCUGGAUCUCAAAUAUCUUCAUUUAUAAUUAUUAAAAAACUAAUUAAAUCCAGCAUACUUUAAUGAAGAGUUUAAAUACUAACUAUAAUAUAAACUAUCAACAACCCCCGAAGAAUUGUAACCAUUUUGUCCACCAGAAAUGGAAAAACUAUAGUAAUUAUCUGUAAAUCAAGAUUCAUAUUCACUUGGAAUAUAUUUCUAAUAUGUUGUUCAAAGUAUAAUUAACAAAACUUAAUAAUACAGUAAAUAAAUUCAUUUUAAUAUUAGAAUUAUAAAUGAAGGAUUUUUUUUAAUUGAUUGAAAGGAUGCUUGCUAAUUCACCUUCUCAAAGAUUAUAAAUAAAUUAAAUAAUUUAGUAUUUAUGGUCUCUUGUUUCAAGUGAUGAAUCAACUUAUUGGUAAAAUAUAACAGCAAUAAAUGAAUUUUACACAUAAGGUAAUUUACAGACAAUUAAAGAUAUAAAAUAAUAUAUUAUGUCUAUGAAAAUAAUAAACACAUAAAAACAAGAUUUUGGAAAUGAUCGAAAUCCGUUUAAGGAUAAAAAUAAUGAGUAAGAAGAGGAUUAGUUUAAAGAGUUUAAUUAAAUAUAAAAUAAGUAAGAACUCAAUUAAUCUAAAUAAAUUAAGAUGUAAUAGCAAAAUGUUUAAUAAAACUUCAAGCUUGAGUAAAGAGAAUAAUAUUAAAUAAUUUGUUAAGUAGAUUGUGUAGUUAUUCCUGUUGAUAAAUACUAAUUUAAAUAAUCCUUACCUUCAUUUAUAAAUUUAGAUAAGUAAUUGGAUAAUGUACUGGAUGAUAUUGUUAAGUUGGCUUAGGCUGAGAAAGGACAUUAUUUACAAUCUAUAAGAACAAAUAUACCAAUAUUUGGUUCUAAUUUUGUCUUAUUAGUGUUCUGUCCAAAUAAAUCUAAUGAAGAUGGAAGUUAAAAAUAAUUAUUGGAUUGCUUUAAUGAUAUGUAUUUUUAUUUAUUAAUAAAGACUUUUCUAUUCUUUAAAAUGUUUGAAAAAUAAUAAAUUUUGUCUAUGUUUGGAGGAUAUAUAUAAUUAUCUGAUAGUAAAUUAAAAGGAUUAAUUAAAUGAUGUUCCUUAUAGUUCAUUUUUAGAAGCAUGUUAAAGUUUUCCUUAAGCAGUUAGUAAGGAGAAGAUAUAAUUUAAUAAUAAAAGUUGGAUAGUUGUUCAAAAAGGUAUUUAAGUAAUUGAUUUUUAAUUUAGAUCCCAUGAUAUUUACAUAACCUCUAUUAUCAGUUUAAAUUUUUAAACAAGAUAUCACAUUAAUUAAAGGAGUUGAUGCAAUUGUAAAUGCGGCUAGUUAUGACCUUAAAAAAGGAGGUGGCAUUUGUGGAGCUAUUUUUCGAGCCGCAGAUUAUAAUAUGUUAGAAAAUGAAAUUAAUAUGAUAUUGUAAAAAUCAGGGAGAAAAUCAAUUAAUACAUCAGAAGUUGUUAUUACUAAUAGUUACAAUUUAGAAUAAGAAAAUGGACCAAAAUAUAUAUUUCAUGCUGUUGGUCCAAUAUAUAAUCCUUAAUCUCCUGAAAAAUCAGCUGAAGAUUUAAGAAAAUGCAUUUUGAAUAUGUAUAUAUUUCAAUUUAAUGAACUAUAUAGAUUAUUAAAAUGUUAGGAAUACAAUAUUAACACUAUUGCAAUACCACCUAUAUCUGCUGGACUUUAUGGUUUUCCUUUGUUUAAAUGUGCUGAAAUCUUUCGUUAAACAUUUCUAAGUUUUAAAUUUACUAGACCUAUAACUAUAUUAAUAGUUGAUAUUAUUGAUUAAGCAGUUGAAAUAUUUUAGAAUAUCUUUAUAGAUGAAAAACUAAGAUCAAUUAUCUAUUCCUAAUAAAACUUUGGUCCUCCAACUGAUUGUUUAGUUGUACCAAUUAAUCCUGAAAAUCUUAAUUCUGGAAUUGCUUAAAGAAUUAUAGAAUUAGCAGGAACUUCUUUCAAAAAUGAAUUAGAAUAUAAAAUUAAAAACUACAAAUUCAAAAAUGAUACUUUAUUUGGUUAAACCUUUUUGAUAUAAGGUUAUAAAAUGAAAAUUUAAAACAUUUAUCAUGUUUUAUUAAUUUCUUUACCACAAAAUUCGACAUAAAAUAAAUCAUUUCUUUUAUACUUAGUAUUUUUUUAAAUGUACAUUUUUCAACUAUUUUAGUUUGAUUGAUACAUUCCUGAAGAAAGGAUUUACUUCAAUUACAAUAUUGUUAAAUGAUAUUCUCCAAUAAUGCCUUACAAAUGAAGAAGAUUUAAAAUCUUAUGAUGGAAUUAAAGCCAUAUAGAUUUUUUUACAUGUAAUUCAAGAUUACGAGCUGAAAUAUAAAAAAGAGUGUGGGAAAAUCUAAAUAUUAUCAAAUGUAUCUUAAUUUUGCAACGAAUGUGAAUUAAUUUUUAAAUGAAAAAAUCAAAUACCCCAAUCACAUUAUUUCUAAUUUUUUAAAAAU